GUCAAAACCUCCCAGAAGCAGCAGCAGCAGAAGAUCAGAUGAGAUCAGACGAAGAUCACAGAAACAUUCUGAUGGACAAACAUUUCACUUCUCAAGAUUCAGUUCAGUGUAAAAACCAAAGGGAUGCAGUUCGACCCAUGUGUUCUGUACAACCACAUCAACAGCUGAAUGACUCGCACUUACUACGGGAAUAUGAUGAAAACGAGGAAGAAGAGGAAGGUAACAGUAUGACGAGGCCGGACGCUUUCAUUUCACUGGACGCUGAGACCGACAGCUCUGUCAGGAGAAGAAAAAGCCUCGUCAGAUCAAAGACUUUAGAUCCAUUAUUACUUCUGCAAGUCCAGAGUGACUCUGAAUUAAAGUGUGAACGCAGAAAACCGCAGUCAUAUCAGUUUCUACGAACAAAUUCCCAAUACCACAAAGUUUUCAAAGACAUAAGAGAAGACGAAGAGCUGCUGCAGAGUUACACUUGUGCGUUACAGAAAGAUAUUCUCUAUCAGGGGAGACUUUUUGUGUCUGAUAACUGGAUUUGUUUUUAUUCCAAAGUUUUUGGGAGAGACACUAAGAUUGUGAUUCCUGUAACAUCUGUGACGGUCAUUAAGAAAACUAAAACAGCCAUCUUGGUGCCAAAUGCGCUUGUGAUAUCUACAGCACAUGAAAGAUAUGCGUUUGUGUCGUUUCUUUCUCGAGACACAACUUUCAAGGUUUUGAUGUCAGUUUGUCCUCAUCUGGUUGAGAACAGUCAGACUCCAUUACAGAGUCUGAGGACUCAUCCCAUCUCUCUGCCAACGGAUUUCUCAGCGGAUCUGUCGGAUCUGGACGCUCCGGUCAGGCAGACACAUCGACACGUGGACGACAGCAGCAGUUCAGACUCACCAGAAUCUCCAGAGUUUGACAAAAGUCCACAUUUCCCAAAACGCUCUAAAGGUUUUAUUGAAGCAUCUAAACGGGACGGUGAAGCUGAUUCUCACGUGCAACAAAGCGACACUAACGCAAAUCUAGCAUGCAAAGAUGAUGAGGUCAUGAGCACACAGAGACCGGGUUCACUCUCAUUUAACACACUUGUGUUAGUGUAUCUGUCUCUGGUUUGUGUCCUGCUUUUGUCUUCAUGUUUUAUGGCGUUUAAGAUUGUGUCUCUGGAGGAACGUCUGACCUUGCUGGUCUCAAUGGAGUUUCCUCAUAAAGGAGAUGAAUAUCAAAGCCUGUUUGCAGGAGAUACAAAAGAAAUUUACUCUGUGAUUUCUGCAAGUCUACUGAAGCUGGAAAAGAUUCAUAGAAAUCUGCAGAAUCUGCUGGAGACUCUGUCUCAUGUGUGAUGAAUCAUCUUCAGUAAUGGACUCACAGAAGUUCAGGUGUUUCAGAAUGAGAUCUACAGUAUGGAGGUCCAGUGAUGGUCUAGCUUGAUGUGAAGAACAUUGUUUAAAUGCUUUUACAUCCUCAUCCAGGUAGACACACAAGCUGUUCUCACAACCUUACUUAUAACUUGUUUAGAUCUCAGUAAUGAAAUGAAUUUGAUUACUAGAUACUGAUAUUAAUGUGCUGUAGGGUCAUUUGAAGUGAAUAAACGUGUGUGUGUUUAGAUGUUUCCAGGUUGUACGCUGAAGUGUGAUGUGUGUUUACCUGUUUAUGACUGUUUGUCAAUAAUGGACUGAGGGGAUGAUGUAUUCUGAUUCCUGUGAGAAAUCAUUUAAACAAUAUUUAAUCCCUCACAAAGCACCAAGAGUGUAAUACAGUAUGUGUGAGACAGAAAAACUUCUGUUAUGGACAGAUGGCACUUAUAUAUAAUUGUCAUGUAUAAAAAAAUAAAGGAAACAUUUUCUUAAUCGUC